AUGGACCCUCUCUCCAUCGCUGCUAGCGUGGCGGGAUUGCUCAGCUUGGCAGGAUCGGUGAUCUCGACCGGGUACGCGCUUGUAUCCAAGCUCAAGACGCGUGGAGAUAACAUCACAGCGCUGGUGAACGAGAUCGCGGCCUUCUCUGGCGUCUUGGUCGGCGUCAAUACUCGGGUGGUCGCUGCAGGUUCUAACCUGGUCCCUUUCGCCCAACCGACUGGACACACGAUUGAGCAGGCCAUUGAGGCCUGUAACCAAAGCUUGCAGGAUGCAGAUAAACUCUUUAGGUCUCUGGAAAGUACGAACACUUUUAAAUUGCUGUUGAAGGGGGAUGCGACGAAAUACCAAACCGACGAGAUUAUUGCUCGGAUCGAGCACUAUAAGAGUCUUUUCGUCUUGUACUUACAACUUGAGAGCGGUGUCCAGUCCGACAUAUUGGGGAAAUCCUUGGUGGAAAUUAAGGGGCAACUUCAAAACCUACACUCUGAACAGAAGAAACUCAAAAAUGAUAUUGACACGACAGAAGCCAAGAAAAAGCGAAAUGAUAUCUUUCAGUGGCUUGGCCCGACAACAGACACCGAGCAUGAAGAUAUUUGCACACAGAGAUACCCUGAGUCUGGAAAUUGGCUGCUUGCAAGAGAGGAACUCGAGACCUGGCUUGUCUCCGACAGAUCGUCUUAUCUUUGGUUGAAGGGAAGUCAAGGAACUGGCAAGACGUUUAUCGUCUCUAAAGUUAUCGAAGCCACUGAGAGAUUUGUUGAUGGUGAAGAUCAAAUGGCACUCGUGUAUCACUACUGUCGAUUCUCCAAUGCCGCACCGCUGACGCCAGAAAGAGUUGUUGGGGCAAUGAUAUCCCAGCUGUUGAGGCGAAAGGGGCAAAAAGCUCCUAUUCCACAGUCACUGAUUGAUCUUCAUGAAACUUAUUCCCGAAAAACUACCUAUCCCAGUAUCUUGAGCUUGUCUAAGAUAUUCGGAGAGAUAUGCCAUGGUCUGUCAAAGGUUUUCCUUUUUAUCGACGGCUUGGAUGAGCUUUCCGAUCGGAAAAGUAUCACAGAGUUUCUUCGACAACUGGAAAAUUUGUCUCCUGUUGUGAAAAGUCUUGUUGCUAGCCGGCCGGAGGUUGACUUAGAAACUGCGUUCGAGUUCUAUGGGGCUGUGACCGUGACACCGGCUGAUAACAUCGGCGACAUUGAGCAGUAUGUCCGUCAUCGAGUCGGGCAACUACAGCUCCAGGAACAGAAAGAAGCUGAGGAGCUCAUUCAAAUUCUCAUACAAAAAGCGGAUGGCAUGUUUUUGUGGGCAGUAUGCCAGCUGGAUCGGUUAUCCCGUGUUAGGACCACGAUAUCUAAGGAACUUGUCCAUGGCCUUCCAGACGGCCUUGAGCAGAUGUUUGAGGCCGGGCUUCUCAAACUUGGUAAAUUAGACCGGGAGCUUGCCGUGGAGAUCCUUUGCUGGCUUAUGUACUCUCGACGUCCUCUCGGCGUUGAAGAGUUAGUUGAAGCCAUUGCAGUGAAGCCAGGCACUGAGAACCUAAAACAGCUGCAAAAAAACAAACUCCGACGCAUAACUGAUGUCUUUGAGAUAUGCGGAAGCUAUAUCAGGCAAUCAAAUCUAACAGGCCACUUGUCACUUGCCCAUUACUCAAUUUAUGAAUGGCUCUCCUCGAAAGAGCUACCAUCUGGGCGCAGAAAUCAAUUCUUCCUUGAACCCUACAUUUCAAGCAUCUUGCUGACACGAACUUGUGCCAUAUAUCUCAGUUUUGAGGACUAUGGCACCAAAUUCUUCUUGCAAAAGGUGAAAGAUUGUUUAGCUAUUCAGCAAGGUGGCUCAGACCCCCUCAUUUUGGCCCAUAGUCCAUUCUUAGAUUACGCAUCGAGAUACUGGGGGUCACAUCUUACCGAUCACGAGGAUAAAACGCCAGAAGCUGCGCUCAGUGCCUUGGAUGCAUUCUUCCGACUUAAACGGAAUUUCAGCGCUUGGGUCGGCAUUGCACGCUAUCUUUACGGGGAACACAGAUACCCCGUAGGAAUGGCUCCAAUUCACGCCGUUGCUCUUCACAAUUUGAGGUGUUUGGCUUACUAUGCGCAGCAAAGUGAUGGUUUUGACUUACAUCUAACCACGUCAGAUGGAAGGCUGCCACUCCAUAUCGCUCUUGAGAAUGAUAACAGCAAGAUAAUUGACAUGCUAAUACCUAAUCAUCCUUUCCUGAACUUCUCUGAUAUCCAAGGCAGAUGCCCCAUUCAUAUUGCAGUUCAGACCGGCAACGCAAAAGCUAUAGCCCGACUGGUGUCCAAUGGUGCUGACGUGAACGCUGCCUUGCCAGAUGGAAGCACAGCUCUGUCCAUGGCGAUAGAGAACAGGUGGGAUGAACUUGCACACUCUUUGGCAGUCGGGCAGCCUGCUAUGGACGACCUCCCUGCUGCAAUAUCACUCAAUAAUGGUCACCUCAAAAUUAUCGAUACAUUGGUGCUUUCAGGUUGCUUAGUCAAUGCGCCGGAUGAAGAGGGCUGGACUCCUCUACACGAAGCUAUUCGCGGUCGUCACUUCUUGGUCUCUGAAUGCCUCAAGCCAGCGCUCGAACUUUCGGACACGUCCAUCUUGGACACUCUCCUGCUUAGGGCUAACAGCUGGGAACUCGAAAGAAUUCUCCCUGAUAUUGCUGCCAAGGAUUCUGAAAGCACAAAGACGGUAUUAAAGCGAAUUUGGACCAACCACAAAGCCCACGAGAGCCUCGGAAAUGCGGUCAAAGCUGGGAAAUUCGGCCUUGCCCAGUUUAUUUUAACAACAUGGGAUCUUCCGGAAAAGCGAGAACUAGAUGACUUAUUUCGGGAAGCAGAGUGCAGCGAUAUAUAUGAAGGGAGGGAGGAGCUUCUCAAGGAGCUUCUCAAACACACCAUGUCCUGCGGCGUACGGGAAUUAGCUGCUGGGCAUGACUGGCCUUACAACUAUGAUAAGUCUUACAACUUUGCUAGGUCUUACAACUAUGCUAGUAAUGCCCAGGUGACGACUGACUUUUGGGGCCUUUCUGACUCUCAGGACACAGAUGUCAAUAAUUCUGCCAUUGGGUAG